AUCACUCACUCUUUUCAGUUUUUCUUCAGCUAAACUUUUCUUGAACCCUAACCCUAACAAAAUCUUCAAUUUCUCUAUAUUUCCUUCUUCCGCCAUGGAACCCGGCCGAUCUCCGCCGCACGGCCUAACCCAAGAAGAAUACGCCGAACUCAAACCGCUAGUGAAAACAUAUCACAAAUUCGAACCAGUAUCGGACGCAUGCACCUCAUUAAUAACUCAACGCAUUGACGCACCGGCUCGAGUCGUUUGGCCAUUGGUUCGAAGCUUUGAGAAUCCUCAAAAAUACAAACACUUCAUAAAAAGCUGCAAUAUGAGAGGCGACGGUGGAGUCGGUAGUAUCAGAGAGGUUACGGUGGUUUCUGGUUUACCGGCUUCGACGAGUACGGAAAGGUUAGAGAUUCUUGACGAUGAGAAACAUAUUUUAAGUUUUAGGGUUGUGGGUGGUGAACAUAGGUUAAAUAAUUAUUGUUCUGUUACUUCUGUUAAUGAGUUUAUUAAUAAUGAUGGGAAGGUUUAUACAAUAGUUUUAGAGUCUUAUGUAGUUGAUAUACCGCAAGGAAAUACUGGUGAAGAUACAAAAAUGUUCGUUGACACUGUUGUUAAGUUGAAUCUUCAAAAGCUUGCUGUUGUAGCAAUGGCUUCUCUGCAUGGUCAUCAAUAGUCAUAACAAUGGUAGCGUGGUUGGGGUUAAAUAUUUUUCCGGUUACUGAAUUAUAUACUGUUUUAUAAAACGGUCAUCGGAAUGUUUCAUUUGUUAUAUUUUAAUAAUUAAAUUUUUAUUUUUCCAACAAUGGAAAGUUAUCUAAUCAAUUCUGGUCAAUAAUUAUCUAUACGGCCAACUGAUUACCGGAUAUCAAUUAUGCCGCGUAGACAAUCCAUCGAACGCAUAGAUAAUUAAUGACGGAAAUUGAUUAGAUAACCUCUAAUUGUUGAAAAAAAUAGAAAUUGAGUUGCCAUAAUAUAACAAAAUGAAAAUUUUGAUGACUUUUUAUAAAAUGUUUAUAAAUUUGGUAACUGCAUAAAACUUUAAUCCGUAGUAGUGGGAAUGAUAAUGGCAGCAGCAGGCGGAAGGGUGGUGGCGGUGGUGAUGAUGUCAAGAUUCUUUUGGUAUCACAGUGGUCAGAAUCGGCUUUUGCAAGUUGGUUUUUAUUUAAAGAAAUCAAUUAAUUUUUAAAUUAUUCUUUCGUUUUCUCUACUAUUAUUGUUAUUGGUUGAUGGUUAGGCAGUUGGUAUUGGUUUGUAUAUUUUAGUAGUCUUUUUUGUUGUUUUAUUAUAUAUUAUUGGUUAAGUUUCAGUUAUAUGGAUUAUGGGCUAUUGCUUGAACCGUCAUAAAUUUCUCCACAAUAAGUAAAAAAGAAAGUUCAAUUGCAUA